GGCCUGAACCAAUAAAACUGCUCGGACCUGGCCGACUCCGCCUGCUUCUGCGUCCCGCCCACGCGCCCACGCCCGGGGAGAAGGGCACUCAGCCUGGGGCCCAGGCCCGGGCUGCCAUGGCGCUGCCUCCAGGCCCAGCUACCCUCCCGCACACACUGCUGCUCCUGCCAGCCCUCCUGAGCUCAGGUUGCGGGGAGUUGGCACCACAAAUUGAUGGUCAGACUUGGGCAGAGCGGGCACUUCGGGAGAAUGAGCGCCACGCUUUCACCUGCCGGGUGGCAGGGGGACCUGGUACCCCCCGAUUGGCCUGGUACCUGGAUGGACAACUGCAGGAGGCCAGUACCUCAAGACUGCUGACCGAGGGCGGGGAGACCUUCUCUGGAGGCACCAGCACCUUUACUGUCACUGCUCAGCGGGCCCAGCAUGAACUCAACUGCUCCCUGCAGGACCCAGGCAGUGGCCGAUCAGCCAAUGCCUCCGUCAUCCUCAAUGUGCAAUUUAAACCCGAGAUUGCCCAGGUUGGGGCCAAGUACCAGGAAACUGAGGGCCCAGGCCUCCUGGUUGUCCUGUUUGCCCUGGUGCGUGCCAACCCACCUGCCAAUGUCACCUGGAUCGACCAGGAUGGGCCACCUCUGGUCAACACCUCUGUCAACACCUCUCACUUCCUGGUGCUGGAUGCCCAGAACUACCCCUGGCUCACCAACCACACCGUACAGCUGCAGCUCCACAGCCUGGCACAGAACCUCUCAGUGGUGGCCACCAAUGAUGUGGGUGUCACCAGUGCCUCACUUCCAACCUCAGGGCUCCUGGCCACUCGGGUGGAAGUGCCACUGCUGGGCAUUGUUGUGGCUGGAGGGCUUGCCCUAGGAACCCUCGUAGGGUUCAGCACCUUGGUGGCCUGCCUGGUCUGCAGGAAAGAAAAGAAGACCAAAGGCCCCUCCCGGCGCCCAUCUCUGAUCUCAAGUGAUUCCAACAACCUGAAAUUGAACAACGUGCGCCUGCCACGGGAAAACAUGUCCCUCCCGUCCAACCUUCAGCUCAACGACCUUACUCCAGAUUCCAGAGCAGGGAGAACAGCAGACCGGCAGAUGGCUCGGAACGACAGCCAGCCAGAGCUUCUGGACCCAGAGCCCGGCGGCCUCCUCACCAGUCGAGGUACUGGCUUCAUCCGCCUCCCGAUGCUAGGCUACAUCUAUCGAGUGUCCAGUGUGAGCAGUGACGAGAUCUGGCUGUGAGCUGAGGGUGUCCUUGGCAAGGCUGCCAGCUGGACCUACGCCCCUCGUGCUAAUUCAGGUUGGGGGCCUGCAUGUGAUGACUGGGCCAGGCAGAUGGAGCUCUGACCGGGUGUGUUCAGAUGUCAUCCAGCAUCCCCGUGUGGCAUGGCCACACCAGUACUCCUCAGCACCUGUACAGUAGGCAUGGGGGCAUGCCUGCUCGGGGAACAGGGAGGGCCCUGCAUGCUUUGGAUUUCCUUCCUAUGCUAUGCAGCUUUGUUCCCUCAGGGAAAAUUUAGAACCCUGCUAGCUGUAUAGAACUAAACUGCCCUUUGCACAGGAACCAACCCCUGGCCUGGGGCACUGGCCAAGCACAAACCGUCCCUUUUGCUGUGUACCUCUCUGCCCGUGCCUCCUCUUGGGCAUCGUAGAUUAUACAUUGGACCUUCUCCACACUGGGCACUAGACUUCUCUACUGGCCUGGCCCUGGCAGUGCAGUGCCUGGCUUUAGCACAGAUCAGGGUGGAAGAGGGAGGUGAUGAGUUUGGUGACUCCCAGGACAGCAUGUAGCUCUGCAUCAUUUUCUUACAGUGUUAGCACUUUAAGCACAUCCCCUAGGGGAGGGGGUGAGUGAGGGGUCCAGAGCCCUCUUCAUGGCUUCCCCAAGUUUGGCCUUCCUGUGAUUCACUGUGAGUGUCCUGAGCCCUCAGGAUUGACGGUUUCCCUCUCAGCAUGUCUCUUCUACCAUGGGACCCCAGCCCUGACCAGCCCUUGGCUGCCGUGUGAGCAGGAAGCCGUUCCUCCUGCCCCACUCUCAGUUCUUGAGGGAAUGGUGACAGCGGGCACAUUAUUUGACAGUGCCAGGAGUUUUAGGGGAACAUGGAGAAAGAAGGAGAGCACAUACCCCCAAACGAUCUAAGAACACUUUAAAAGGCAACAUGGAAAUGAAUGCAAAUUAAUAUAGUACAGAGUAUAUUUUUCCCUUGUUGAUACCUUGUUUUGUAAUUCUUCUCAUGUUACUGCCUAGGACAGUGCUGAGCACACAGUAAAUUCAGUAAACUUGACUGAAGGAA